AUGUCAAACUCUAACAAUGUUGUUGUCCUCAUCCGUCAUGGUCAAAGUGAAUGGAAUGAGAAGAACCUGUUCACCGGAUUCAAGGACCCGGAGUUAACCAGCAAGGGACGUGAGGAAGCCAAGCUGGCGGCUGAGAGGCUCAAGAAGCUUGGAUUCGUGUUUGAUUGUGCAUACACCUCGGCCUUACGACGAGCGCAAGUUACGCUCGACAUCGUGCUCGAGGCGCUCGACCAAAAGAGCAUCCCGAUCGAGAAGGAUCAAGCGCUCAACGAACGAGACUACGGGGACUUGAGUGGCUUGAACAAGGACGAUGCCCGCAAGAAGUGGGGCGAAGAACAGGUCCACAUCUGGAGACGUAGCUACGACGUCCCUCCCCCCAACGGCGAAAGCUUGGAAAUGACCGCCCAAAGAACCCUUCCCUACUACAAUUCCCAAAUCAAGCCAAAAGUUCUUGCCGGGAAGAAGGUCUUGGUCGCUGCUCACGGGAACUCCCUCCGAUCGAUCAUCAUGCAACUUGAGGGCCUCAGUGGUGAGGAGAUCGUCAAAAAGGAAUUGGACACUGGUGUCCCAAUCAUAUACGAGCUGGACUCUGAAGGCAAAGUGCUCAAGUGCACCGUCAUCAAUUCUUGA